AUAUACAACUAAAGCACGUGAUAUUUUAUUUCCGUCGCACUGGAAGCUCUGAGUACGACCUUAAAAACUGCAUAUCGUCUACGUAAUUCUCUUUAGCAAAUUCUACAAUGCUAAAAUUCACACUCGCGGUAAGGAGUGGGUAUCAUGAGCCGCCAAAUGUAGAAGCAUGAAAUUCAUACCAAAUAUGUGACGACCACAUUGUUGAAAUGAUGAAAUUCAGACCAACUUACGAGACUUAUCACAGAAUAUAGUACCAUACGCACGCAUCGUAUUGAUAGCGAGGUUACCGGAUUGUUUCCAAUAACCUUUCAAUAAUACGGGACAAAUAUCUCGUGUUAUUUGGUGUAUAUAGUUCUACGUAUUGAUUACAAUAUUUUUGUAUACGAAUAUAAUAAGUAAGACAAAUCGUUGAUAUACUAGUUAGUACUUGUUCAAUAGUUGGCAAGCGUGUAUGAACUUCUUGGCGGAAAACAUAUUUUGACUUUGAGUGAAUGGGAAUUGUGCGUGAAAAAUACUCGAGAUAUGAAUUCUGUGUGAUAUUGUUUGUAUUGACAGCAAUUUUGUAUUGACGUAAGUUUAAUGAUGGAGAGAAUAUUGAGGCUUGAGAAGCCGAAUGUAUCAGCUGUUUAGGUUUUCGUUUUCACUAGGAGUCUUUUUAGUUGAUGCUAGUUUUACAUGAUUUGAGUGAACAAUGGCUAUGUCAUCAGCUAGUGCGUCAAGCUUAGUCCAGCAAGAGGACAAUCUCGAUGACUGCGGUCCAUUACUUAUCAAUAAGCUCGAGGCACAUGGGAUCAGUGCUGCAGAUGUCAAAAAACUGGAAGAAGCUGGAUUUCAUACAGUUGAAGCUGUGGCAUUUGCUCCUAAGAAACAGCUGCUAGCAAUUAAAGGCAUAAGUGAAGCUAAAGCUGAUAAAUUAUUGCUGGAAGCUUCUAAGCUGGUACCAAUGGGCUUUACAACAGCAACUGAGUUUCAUCAGAAACGUUCAGAAAUAAUACAGCUUACAACUGGUUCAAAGGAACUAGAUAAGUUGCUUGGUGGGGGAAUAGAAACAGGCUCCAUCACUGAAAUAUUUGGUGAAUUUCGAACUGGUAAAACACAAAUUUGUCACACAUUAGCUGUUACAUGCCAGCUUCCUAUAGAUCAAAGUGGAGGAGAGGGCAAGUGCUUGUACAUUGAUACUGAAGGUACAUUCCGACCUGAGCGUUUACUUGCAGUUUCAGAACGAUAUAAGUUAUCUGGAAGCGACGUACUUGACAAUGUUGCAUAUGCAAGAGCAUACAAUACAGAUCAUCAGACACAACUUUUAAUUCAAGCAUCAGCUAUGAUGGCAGAGUCCAGGUAUGCUCUCUUGGUUGUGGACAGUGCCACAGCCCUGUACCGUACCGAUUACUCAGGACGAGGAGAGCUCUCGGCAAGGCAAAUGCACCUAGCACGUUUCCUGCGUAUGUUGUUACGGCUUGCUGAUGAGUUUGGGGUUGCUGUUGUUAUAACCAAUCAGGUUGUAGCACAAGUUGACGGUGCUGCUUUAUUUGCUGCUGAUCCAAAGAAGCCUAUUGGUGGCAACAUCAUGGCUCAUGCUUCAACCACUAGGUUGUAUUUGAGAAAAGGAAGAGGUGAAACAAGGAUCUGUAAGAUAUAUGAUUCCCCAUGUUUACCAGAAACAGAAGCUAUGUUUGCUAUAAAUGCAGAUGGUAUUGGAGAUGCCAAAGAGUGAAAUUAGUACUCUGCUGUAAAAAAGAUCUUUUGUACAGUAAAAUUAGCUAAUAAGAGUGUUAAAACAUGUCGUUUUUAUGUAUAUUCUUAUUAAAAAAAUCCAAACCUCAAA